GGCGGUCGGCGGGGGUUGUUUGCUGUCCCGUGUUUGUUUACCUUCAGCCGCUGCCGACCCCAGUAGUUGACGGCUAAUUUAGACACUGCGGAAGAAGAAACUUGUGGCAUGUUACAGAUACUCUGAGUAUUCCCAAAUUAAUUGUCCAGGGUGGAGAACUAUGGAAGCCUACACGCUUUAUAUGUCUUGUGGAGCGAACCAAACACCCCUUGGUGUUGAUUGGGGUCCAGAUGGGAUAGUGUGUUAUGCUGCAAGUACUGGGGUACUGCUGUGUGAUCCAAAGAAGGGAGCAGUGACUGGGGCAAGUACAAAGAUACACACCAACAAAAUUACUUGUGUGCGAUGGGUUCAGCCAGUGCCAUCUAUGGGUCGCACUUUGAUUACCACCAGUGCAGAUGGAAGAGCUGUGGUGUGGACUGUAUCUGAAAAAGAGACAGAGGGUCUGUUUGUUUUACUCCCUCUUGCUGUGUUAGAUCAUGAAGAUUCUGUGCCCCUCGCUGAUGCCACACUAGUAGUACAAGAUGGAGAGGAGAAAAUAUUGAUAGUAACUGUGAUGCCAGAAGUUAUAACUAGUUGGCUUGUUUGUCCUGUGUCAGGAAAAUUUGAGCAUCUGUAUGACUUUGCACCACCUGGAAAGACAUUUGUUAUGAGCCUUAGACUGUUUGAGGUGAAAGGGGCAAGAUAUCCAGCACUAGCCUGUGGUGGACAUGACUGUAGGAUUCAUGUACUAACAUCCAGUAAGAUUGGACAAUAUUACCCAGCAGCUGUAUUAAAUGGGCAUGAAGAUUGGGUCAUGACACUGGACUUGAUGAAAGAAGAUGAUGGUGAUAUCUUGCUUGCCAGCGGGUCAAAGGAUGCCUCAGUACGAUUAUGGAGGUUUUCAACCAUAAAAAAUAAUGAGCAUUUACAAGAAUGUGUGAACGCUGGAAAAGAAGAACUGAGAUUAAAGAGUGUUAUUUUUAAAGCACCGUCAACUGCAUCAGAUAUCACAAUAUCUGUAUUGCUUGAUGCCAUACUGGCAGGACAUGAAGGACUUGUAUCAAGAGUAUAUUGGGCUCGACCUAUUGUUACUGAAGGAAGUACACACCAACCCUAUAAAUUGCUCACCUGCUCCAAGACCCAAGACCGUUCCAUCAUCAUCUGGGAGCCAGAAGGUGGAUCCAGCAGCUGUAGAGGAAUAUGGCUGGAAGUGGCUCGACUCGGGGAAGUUGGUGGCAACAUGGAAGGCUUUUAUAGCUGUCUGUUUAGUCCUGAUGGUAUACAAGUUCUGGGAUGCAACUAUCAGGGUGGACUUCAUCUUUGGGAGCAUCAGGCUGGGGUGUGGAAGCCAAGUGUAGUUGUUGGUGGACACUUUGAUCAAGUUGCUGACAUUACCUGGGAUCCCUUUGGCAGGUACCUUUUGUCAACCAGUAAGGACCAGACCACCCGUAUGCAUGCUCCAUGGAAGAAGUCAGAAAGUGAGAUAGUUUGGCAUGAAGUGGGCCGCCCGCAGGUUCAUGGGCAUGACUUGGUCUGCAUCUCUACCCUUGGAAAAUAUAAGUUUGCAUCAGGAGCAGAGGAGAAGGUUGUACGUGGCUUCAUUGCUCCGGCCAAUUUCAUCCGUAAUUUUGGUCAGAUCUGUGGCAUCAAUGUUGCUGAAGAUAUAGAAAAAUGUGAAGCUGGAGAAGGAGCAUCAGUGCCAUCUCUGGGUCUGUCCAACAAGGCAGUUAUGGUGGCUGACCUUCAAGAAGAACAAGAGGAGGGACAAGAAGAAGUACACACUUACUUCAAACCUUUAACUCUCUUUGCACCACCAACAGAAGACCAGUUAAUGCAGAAUACUUUGUGGCCAGAGGCUGCCAAGCUAUAUGGUCAUGGCAAUGAUCUUAUUACCUUAGCUGCCACAUCUGACGGGGCCAUCCUCGCAUCUUCAUGUCGAGCUGCUAAUAAUAUGGAUGCUUAUAUUAUCCUUUGGGACACAACAACGUGGCAUAAGAUUGAUGCUUUAGUUAAACAUCGUCUUACUGUGACACAGAUGGCAUUUUCUUUUGACGAUAAAUAUCUUCUGUCUGUGUCACGAGAUCGCACUUGGACAGUUUUUAAAAAGGAUUCAGCUGAAAAUUUUGCAGGUUUUACAUAUAAAGUUUGUGACUCUUCAAGCAACAAAGAUACAAUGCAUUCUCGUGUAAUUUGGUCAUGUGCCUGGCUGCCAGAUUCACAUCACUUUAUUACUGCUUCUCGAGACAAGACCAUUGCAUUGUGGGGACAGACGGAGACUGGCUGGGUGAGACAGGCUCUUGUCACCGAGUCAAAUGAAGUAACAGCAGUAGCAGUUACCAAAUGUCUUGACACUGACACAGAUGGCUGUGUUCUUCUGGCUACUGGCCUGGUAGAUGGAAACAUCCACUUGAGAAAGUAUCUUACAGAAGAGAGAAAAUUUGGUGAUAACAUACUUGAAAUAUGCCAUAAACACCACAGCAUGGUAAGACGACUACAGUUCAAGCCUUUUCAAGGAUCUGCUGACACUGUAGUUCUUGCUUCAUGUGCAGAUGAUAAAAGAGUUCAUUUAUGUCAAAUCAAAACAAAAAUCUCUAGUCAGCUUGUUGAUGGUUGAAAAAAAGAAUUCUGAAAAGUUGUGUCCCAGUCAGAAAUUUUACAGAUAGAACUUUGAUGUGAAGCAAGAAAAUUUUGAUGGGGAACACAGUAACUAGCAUACAGGUAUCUUGCGUUUAGUGAUCAGGAUGCACUCCUGAAAAACAGAUUGCUAAGUGAACAGAAAUGAGAAAUGAUAUCCUAAACAAGGGAUAAUGAGGAAUCAUAUCCGUCAAGAAGGCACCUUAUUGUGUCGUCGAGUCACCGACUCAGUGCGGGUGAGACUGAGAUGUGAGCUGUUAUUGUUCAGUUUGUAAUAUUGGUUAGGUAUAUGUAAUUUUCUUCAUUUUCUUUUACUCUGUUACUUGUACACACAAUUGUUCGUACAGAAUAUGUAAAGUAAAAAAAAAAUACCAUAAAGGGAAUAAACAGUACUUAUAUGAUCGGCAGUUAGCCAAUACAGUGAAGGACUGUUCCCUCUCUCCUGUCCCGUGAAAUGAUUGCCAAAUGGCAAUGCUGUAUUUUUUAUUUAUUUAAUAUAUUAUUUUUAUUCCUAACAUUUACUGGUACAUAAAACAGUUCACCUGGGCAGCAGUCACCAAGAUGACUCAAGAGACGUGUGUGGCUGUUGCCUGUAUGCUGUGACGUCACAUAAACGGGAAGGAGAGUGUGGCUGGCCAGUCACUGCCUGAAUACAGACCUUCACUACCCACACAUACACACCCAUGCCCUUCAUUUUAUAGUUUUAUAAUAGUGUAUACUAUAAAACUAUUAGAUACUGUACUGUACUGUAUUUUCUUUAUUUUUAAGCCACAUUACAGUAUUGUAAUGUUAUGCACAUGGAGCACAGAAUCCUCAGUUUUUUUAUUUACCUCCCCAAUUUUUCCCAGUUAGUCAACGAUCGCUAAACCAGAAAUUGCAGAUCAUUAAACAACAAGCGGUGUUAAAAAUUUUAAAUCGCUAAACUGAAAUAUCGCUUAAGUGAGGGAUACCUGUACUGUGUGGUGUGAACAUACUGUACGGUGUGACACAAAUGUUAACAUACUGUAUGGUGUGACACAAUUGUUAACAUACUGUAUGGUGUGACACAAUUGUUAACAUACUGUAUGGUGUGACACAAUUGUUAACAUACUAUAUGGUGUGACACAAUUGUUAACAUACUGUAUGGUGUGACACAAUUGUUAACAUACUAUAUGGUGUGACAAUUGUUAACAUUGUGUACGGUGUGGCACAAUUGUUAACAUACUCUACGGUGUGACACAAUUGUUAACAUACUGUAUGGUGUGACACAAUUGUUAACAUCGUGUACGGUGUGGCACAAUUGUUAACAUACUGUACGGUGUGAUACAAUUGUUAACAUACUGUAUGGUGUGGCACAAUUGUUAACAUACUGUACGGUGUGACACAAUUGUUAACAUACUGUAUGGUGUGACACAAUUGUUAACAUACUGUAUGGUGUGACACAAUUGUUAACAUACUGUAUGGUGUGGCACAAUUGUUAACAUACUGUACGGUGUGGCACAAUUGUUAACAUACUGUACGGUGUGGCACAAUUGUUAACAUACUGUACGGUGUGACACAAUUGUUAACAUACUGUACAGUGUGACACAAUUGUUAACAUACUAUAUGGUGUAGCACACACACUUGUUAGCGUUUUGUACUGUGUGUAAAUUUUAAAUGUUUAGAAUAAGGUAAUAAAAGACUGAAGCAUUAUAGCACAAUACUCCCGUAUAAUUCGCGGAUUUUUAUUUCGCAGUCCUCUAUUAUUAGCAGAUGACACCCUGGUGGUACCCAAGAGUGUCUGUGGGUAGUUUUAAAGUUGCUGGCAUUUUUGCAGCUGAAACAUGGAUCCUUUUGUUCUAGAGACAGUAAUUUCCUUUGCCUGUAUUGUAUAUACCAUGUGUGUGUGUGUUGACACACACACACAAAACACAUACAAAUAAAUCAUGAUGGGAAAAUCCUAUAACAAAUAAUCUGAAAAAUUUAUUUGAAAUGUGACAGUCUACCCUCUAGUUCACUCUGGGCUUUGUUAAUAACAAAGCAUGGAGUGGACUUGAGGGUAGGCUCAAAAAAAAUUUCUGAUUAUUUGUGAGAGGAUUUUCUCAUUAUUAUUUAUUUGUAUGUGUUUCGUGUGUGUGUGUGCGUGUGCGUUUACACACAGGUAAAAGAAAUAAUUGUCCAAAGGGCAAACACGUAAAGGGAAUGACCUAACUCGCGAAUUUGAAGGGCAUGAUGUAAUUAUUACAAUGAACAGUACUAAUUCAAUCACACUGUAGCCAUGAUACAAAAUGUACAAUGUUAGAACAUGUUCCAAUAAACGACCUUAUAUUGUU